UUCUAGGCGUCACUCGUCAGGCAUGGAUUCUCACCAUCCCUCGCCGGAACACAGCUCCCUCCUCCUCGCCGGCCCUCGUGGCGGCCCUCUGAAGCAAGCUCACGCGCGCCUCGUCGUCACGGGCCACGGCCGCUCCCUUCCCCUCAUCACCAAGCUGGCCACGCUCGCCGUCGCAGCUGGCGCCGCCCCGUACGCGCACCUCCUCGCGACCUCCCACCCAGCGCCCGACUCCUUCCUCUUCUCCUCCCUCACGCGUACGGCCGCGCACCACGGCCUCCCGGUCGCCGCUAUUGCCUUCUACCGCGGCCUCCUCUCCGCUGCCCUUCCUUUCUCCAGUUUCACCUUCACCGCCGUCGCCAAGGCCUGCGCCGACUUGUCCGCCCUCCGAACCGGCGCGGCCAUCCACGCGCACUCCAUCCUCCUCGGGUUUGGCUCGGACCGUUUCGUGCUGACGGCACUUGUUGUGCUCUACUCCAAGUGCGGCCAACUGGGUGUUGCACGCAAGCUGUUCGAUGCAAUUCGUGACAGGAGUGUUGUCGCUUGGAACGCGAUGAUUUCUGGGUACGAACAGAAUGGGCUUGCCGAGCGGGGGAUCGGGGUCUAUAAGGAGAUGCAGGCGGCGAAGGCGGUGCCUGACUCCAUGACGUUUGUAGCCACGCUCUCUGCUUGCGCACAGGCUGGUGCACUGGACCUGGGGGGUGAAGUGGAGAGACGUGUUGUUUCUGAAAGAAUGGACAUCAGUGUGUUUCUUGGCUCUGCUCUUGUGAACAUGUAUGCCAGGUGUGGUGUUGUGGACAAAGCUCGCAGAUGGUUCGAUGCGCUCCAGGAGCGGAACGUGGUUACAUGGACUUCCAUGAUCGCUGGAUAUGGAAUGCACGGCCAUGGUCGUGAGGCGAUCAAGCUGUUCCAUUUGAUGAGAUGCGAGGGGCCGCCGCCCAAUCAUGUCACCUUUGUUGCUGUUCUAUCUGCAUGUGCACACGCUGGGUUAGUCAUGGAGGGUCGUGAUGCUUUUGCUUGCAUGAAGAGGGUCUAUGGACUGGUCCCUCGUGUCGAGCACUAUUGUUCUAUGGUUGAUAUGUUUGGAAGGGCUGGACUCCUUGAUGAAGCAAUGCAAUUUAUAAGUGAUUAUAUGCCUGGAGAGCCAGGGCCUGAAGUUUGGACAGCAGUACUUGGGGCAUGCAAGAUGCACAAGAAUUUUAAUCUUGGGGUGGAGGUGGCUGAGCGGUUGAUUGCUCUUGAGCCUGAGAAUCCAUCCUACCAUGUUUUGCUUUCCAAUAUUUAUGCUCUAUCCGGUAAAAUGCACCAUGUUGAGAAGGUGAGGAAUACCAUGAUCAAGAGAAGAUUGAAGAAGCAGAUAGGAUUCAGCUUGAUUGAGCUAGGAGGUACUUCCCAUUUAUUUCGCAUGGGCGAAAAGUCUCAUCCACAGACUACAGAGAUCUACCAUUACUUGGAAGAACUGAUUCAUAGGAUUACUGCUGCUGGCUACAUGCCUGAAACUGAGUCAGUUCUGCAUGAGUUAGAAGAGGAGGAGAGAGAGGGUGCACUUAGAUAUCACAGUGAAAAACUGGCAGUAGCAUAUGGGCUCAUGAUGAGCGUUGGGAGCACCACUCCUAUCAGAGUAAUAAAAAACCUGAGGAUAUGCGGGGAUUGCCAUCUCGCCAUCAAGUUUAUGUCAGCUGUGGAGAAUCGAGAGAUUGUUGUCAGGGAUAAGCACCGUUUCCACCAUUUUAAAGAUGGCAAGUGUUCAUGUCUGGAAUAUUGGUAACAAACUCUCAUCUGUUGUUAGGUACAGUUGCUUGCUACUAAUAGUCACCGACAAAAUAGUUUCUUGGGCUUGAACAACUACAUUCACAUACACCGCCUGUCCUGGAAUUCUGCCAUUAGUUAUCACCAGUACUAGAAGAUAACCUCUUCAGGAUGGGUCCAAUGCUUUUCAUUUUUCUGAACAUCCACAAUUCCAGCGACCUACAUAUUUCUGAACUCCCAACAGAAUUUAAAGAGUCGGGAUGCUGGAAGACAACAAAACAGCUCUGGUAUUCUUUGCUAGCUCAUCCGGAAGAUUGCAGAGCGAGGUACAGUGCAUGCAUCCAGGUACCAUUCUUAUGUGGUUGGACUUGUGCUUUCGAUAAUUCUGUCUCGGUCCCCAAUAGUGCCUGCAAGUGAGGGCACAUCAAGUCCAAGGCCAGUUUUCUGAAGCAAAUUCGUCUGUCUGGUCCAUGCAGCAGGUUUAUUCUUUGAUGUCCAUCUGCCAUGUGAAUACAUAUUCUUGUUUUGUUUUGCUCGGAGUUGAUUAUGUGCCUGACCCAUUGCGUGCGGAGAAUUAUCAUGCAAAAGUUGUGGAUAAUCGACUGCAUUUGAAGCCUUGUUCUGAAGUUCGCCCACAUUGGUGAGUGGGGACUCACACCCAUUAAGGUACGUGUGUAAGUUUGUAAAUUGCAACUGCUAAACGGCCAAGACUAGAAGAUUAUUGAGUUCAGUGUACCAAGCUUUAUAUUCCAUUGAGGAAUAAUGAGCAAAGUACACUUCACUCGAGACUGCCCUUCUGAUUUGUUAGCAUGGACUUACUUUGUCAUUGUCCUUUCGAAAGUACAUUAUCCUUGAUUCCUUGUCACUUGCAUGCUACCAGCUUUCAUCCGAGCAAAUCAUGAGCAUCAGCACUAUCACCAACAUGGUCCCCUCAUGUAAUUGGGGUUAGUGUUUAUCGGACGGUUUGACUUUCUCGUCGUCGCCACCAGAUGUCGCCACCAGAUGCCGUAGAAAACCUGACGAGGAGCAAUGGAGAAGAAAAUAAAAAUAAAAUCGGAAGUCAAAUCCAUUUGGCUACUUCUUGAUAUUUCUACUCCAGUCUUUCGCUUGUUUCCUUAGCUUUAACUACUGUUUUCUAGAGUUUUAGAGGUUCCUACAGUGAGUGAAAUACUGUAUAUUAGGUAAUGUUUUCUAUAGUGUUCUAGCUAUGAGCAGAAUUUGCGAUGUGAAGCCUUCCCAAAGCCUACAUAUAGAGGUCCUCUCUAGUUUGUAAGCAGAGUCUGUACCGUACUACCUAUAAUAGGACUAUCUAUUUUCUUCCUGGCUUGUUCUUCAUAGCAGUUAGGUCCUUUCCGGUCUUGUGUACUUUAUUUAUUUAUUUUAUCUUGUGUACUUAUACCACUUUUAGUAGUGAUCACGCUAGAAGAAACAAGAUUAUCUUUAUUAAGUUGGGCGAGAAUUAAAGAUCGAGUUUUGACAA